AUGAAAUCAGAGCAGCAAAACGUCUCGGAGGAGGAUCUUGUUGCCGUCACCGGACGCAAUACGCGAGCCAAGACCUCAAGCAAUGGUGGAGGAGAACCGAUCCCAGUUGAUCUAAUUGUCGAGAUAUGUUCGAGACUGCCGACGAAAUCAAUAUCAAGAUGUCGCUGCGUAUCGAAGCUCUGGGCUUCCAUUCCUCGUCUCCCCUACUUCACGGAGUUGUUCUUGACGAGAUCUUUGGCUCGCCCGAAGCUAUUGUUCGCUUGCCGAAAAGACAGCCACGUGUUCUUCUUCUCCUCACCUCAGCCUCAUCAGAUUCUUGCAGAUGAUAACAACUCCUCUGUUUUAGCCGCCAGUUAUCAUAUGAAAAUUCCGAAUUAUCAUAAGUGUAUCUAUUUGAUACGUAGUUCUGUCAGAGGAUUGAUGUUAGUGGAAGAUAUGCGGGGUUCAGAGGGAAAGGAGCGUAAGGUCUCGGUCAUAUGUAACCCCAACACGGGACAAUCUGUGACCUUACCCAAACUCAAGACGAGGAAGAGGUUUGGAAUGAGGAGCUUUUUAGGGUAUGAGCCUAUCGAGAAACUAUACAAGGUGUUGUCCAUGGCCUGGGGAGUACGAAGCUCGGGCUCUGAGGACCAUCAAGUUCUGACAUUAGGAACUGGUGGAGAAUCGUCAUGGACAAGGGUCGAAUGUUGCAUACCCCAUUCUGUUAACGAGGGUUAUUAUGUUGACCAUGUAUGCAUCGAUGGUGUUCUGUAUUAUCAAGCGUUCCAUACGUCUUCAAGGGAUUACAUAAUUGUUCUCUUUGACCUUAGGUCGGAGAAGUUCAGAUUUGUUGAAAACUCCAGAGACCCUCUCAAUGUAUCAUUAUUUUGUUGGUCACCUCUGAUAAACUACAAUGGCAAAUUAGGUUCACUUGGGACGGGUAUCCAUCCAAGGAGUACAAAUAUUAGGUUGCGGGUUCUAGAAGAUGCGGAAAAGCAUGAGUGGUCGGAGCAUACAUAUGUAUUGCCUGCUUCGUGGACGAAUACUGUUGGAGGGCCAUACAGAGGUUUAUCCAAAGUUGUUGGACUGUCUCGGUCAAACGAAAUUGUAUUUUUAAAUUUCUGUAAACCCAGGUCUGUCUACAUUUUGUACUAUAGUACCGAGCGAAACGCAAUCAGAAGCGUAGAAAUACAAGGAUUGGAAGCGUUUAAGGGUUAUUCCAUUUACACCUAUCUAGGCCAUGUAGAGGAUGUCAAUGUGAAGCUUAUAGAAGGCUUUCUUUAA